UUGUCAGCUUGGGGAUUCGAUCUGGCAACCUUUCGGUUACUGGCCCAACACUCUAACCACAAUGCUACCUGCCUUGAUAGUCUGAUGCUACUGAGACCAACAAUUAAACUCUACCGUACAGUGCUAUCUUUUUAGAAUGUUAUUCAAGAGAUCAUUUAGUUGAUAUAUCAUUUCAGUGCACAGUGCAGCACACAUUUUGUUUCUAAAAUGCUUAGUGCCUAGAAUAUGGUAGGCUAGUACAGACUGCAGUAAUUAGAUUGGAACCUAAAGCCCAAACUCCAUGCACUGACUGCUAUUGACUCAGGAGUCAAUGCCCGCAAGACCAUGGGAACCCCGUAAAUCAAGUUUGACAUGCAACAUUUCCUGGUGCAUAGCAACAAGGUGGUCUACAAAGCUCCAGUAGGCCUAAUUGUGCACUGAGAGUAYUUUACGAAUUAUUUCAUUCUUGCUGCACACUCACUCCCAGUUGUAUAGCAAUUCAUAAUGUAAAACUAAUAAUGAUUGUGUAGAAAUAGCACAUAGAAGGGAUUUGAUGUCAGUCACUUGGUAUGAUGCGAGGUCUUGGUGGCAAAKAUUUCUGUUGAUUGUCCCUUUAAACUGGAAAAAGAAAAAAUAGCUUUUMAACGGGCUUUUGCGCGUGCGUAGAAAUAUUUUGGGCGUCGAGGCGAUACUGGAGUAUAGAGCGCAUUCGUAAAGGAAAAUAGACACUGUCACCCAUCCCAAACAGACCAGAAGGAAUCAUGGGGAGUGUGUUCUUGCCGUCGGACCUGGCCAACACAGUGCUGAGGCGUCUGCGCAGGGACAACGGCUACCUGCUAGAGGAAAUCCGCCAGGGCAACAUCCAGAGAGAGUGCAGAGAGGAGAUCUGCACCUACGAGGAAGCCAGGGAGGCCUUUGAGAACGAUGAGAAAACUCAACGGUUCUGGGAGGAGUAUGUGCGGGAGAGCAGUGGCGGGCAGCAGUUGGAGGGCAGAGUCCACUCCCUCUACCUGAUCCUCCCCUUGCUCCUGGUGCUCCUGAUCUCCGGCGUGGCCAUCACUGUGUGGCGCUGCCACUCCCGCAAGCGCUCGGAACGCAACCCCGCCCUGGGCCACUCCCACCGGGACCCCACCCUAUCGUUGGUCUCCAUGGACCAGUGGGGMCGGGACCUCCACGACCACUCAGAGCUCAGCGUCAACAGCAGCCCCGCCGACCCGGGCUCGGAGGUCACGUCGGCGAGGGGAGGCAGAGGAGACCCGCCCCCGUCUUACGAGGAGGCGGUCGGCCACACAGAUGUGCACAUAGAGACAGAGCCUCCGCCUCAGUAUGAGGACAUCAUUGGCCAUGGGAAGUGAAGUGACCCCCCCCCCCCAUACCCUGUCUCAACCGGCCCCCAUCCAGCUAGAUCAGGGUUCAAACUCAUUCCAUGGAGGGCCGAU